AAAGUUAUGAGUUCCUCUUCGUGUCAACAACAACACCAAUAUCCUCAAAAUGAGCAAGAACAAACAACAAGUUUUAAUAUACCUUCAAUUCCACCUACAAAUCAAGCGGAAGAAGAAGCAAAUAAUGGUCAUUCUAUAGCUUGUUUGGCUAUUUUAAAAAGAAUUUCUGAUGUAUUUAUUGUUUGUCUAAUAUGUUUUGUUGGAAUACUUUAUCCUUGUCUACUUAAUUUGCCAUAUUUUCUCUUCUUCUUAACAAUUUUAACGUGGCUAGCAAUUUAUACUCCUUUAAGAAGGCGAAAAUUUAAUUUUGUCAAAAAUGGUAUUCUUGGCUAUAUAAUUGUUCACUUUUUGGUUUUAAUUGCAUAUCAAUUUGUAUUUUUUCAACAAUUUGUGGAGCCGACGUCUUUUAUUGCAAGACUUUUUGGCCUACCCGUCUUAAUAAAAUAUACCGGUUUGCAUUGGUGGGAUUUUCAAUUAAACGAAAAUGUUGGAAUUGUGCCUUUUCUAAAUUUUGUUUCUUUGCCUAUUCUUUACUUAAUCCUUUCUAUACAAUUGAGUUGGACAAAAGAUGGAACCAAAUCAAGAAGUUUAACAACAACAGAUCAUUCAAGUAGAGGACAGGGAGAUGGAGAUGAUGAGUCGUUACAUGAUGAGUUACUUCUAAACACGGCUGGGAAUGAUUCUGUUGAUAUUAUUGCUUUACAAAGAAUUACGUCGCAUGUUAUGGAUCGUGAAAAAAUUAAGAAAUUGAUUAAAUCUAGGCGUAAAACAAUUUCUGGUGCAGCAGCAGCAACCUUAUUUUUAACAUUACAAGAGAUUACCUAUUUAUUUUUGUAUCAUUGUUAUGUUUUUGCUUUAGUUUCAAUGCUUGUUUGGGCACUUCUGUAUCACUCAAUUAUUGGCCUUAUAUUUUUAAUUUUGGCAUGUUUUCUUUGGGCACUUGUAGAUUCUCGUAGAUGGUCUUUUCGAUUAUCUCCGCUCAUUCUUGCAUAUGUUGAGUUACUUCUAAUAGCUCAAUACAUUUACAAUAUGGAUUUAGCAAAAGAAUUAAAAAAUGAUGAUUUACUUGAAAUUAUUGGAUUUAAAUAUGAAGAGAAUAAAACUAGAGCUUUUGUUACUAUUGUAAUCAAGGAAAGGAUGGUGAAUUAUUUGGUAAAAAAUUUCUUCAUUGAAUUAUUCAAUUUUUAAUUUUGACCAUUUUGAGUCUUUUUUUAGUUAUUUUUUCAAGUAGGGUUGAAAAAUAUUUUUUACUAUUUUUCCAAAAAUUGACUUGAUUUUAAUCUGAAAGGAUUGUAAAUUAUUUUUUAAAAAUUUGUCACUAAAUUAUUUUUUGACCAUUUUGAGCCUUUUUUAGUCUAUUUUUCUAGCAGGUAGAAAGAUAAUUUUUUACCGUUUUUCUCUUAUUUUUUUAUUUUAACAUUAAAAACACCUAUUUAUUUUUUAAGUUUAAAAAAUAUAUUUUUCAUUGUACUUUUGUUUUUUUUAAAUUUCCGCACUUUAUUUUUUAUUAUUGUCAUGGGACUUUUAGUGUAUAUUUUAUUUUUUUUUUAAUUUUUUUGAAACGGUUUAGUCUAUUCAAUGAUUCAUUUUUUCGCUUUUUUUUAUCUU